AUGGCGACGCAGCGCGCCAGAGCGGAGCCGUUCCCGGCUCACGCUGCAGAGGUGGCGACGUCAAAGAGGGAUCUGGCGUCGUGGUGGAAGAAUUUCAAACGAGGUGACAGGAAGAGAGAAGACGAGAAGGAACCACUACCGCCACAGUCGGGCAUUUUCGGUGUUCCAUUACAGACGAGUAUUCGAUAUGCGAAUGUUGCCAUCUCACUAUACGAUGCGGAAGGGCGGAGUUAUAUCUAUGGAUAUGUGCCAAUCGUCGUGGCGAAAUGCGGAGUGUUCCUCAAAGAGAAAGCAACCGAUGUGGAGGGCAUCUUCCGACUCAGCGGCUCCGAGAAACGAAUCAAGGAACUGCGCAACACAUUCAACAGUCCAGACCGAUACGGCAAAGGCUUGGACUGGACCGGAUAUACCGUCCACGACGCGGCGAACAUUCUUCGACGUUACUUCAAUCAAUUGCCGGAGCCGAUAAUACCCCUUGAUUUUUACGACAAGUUCCGCGAUCCGUUGCGAAACCAUCAAGCGCAAGCCGUAGGCGAAAUCGAUGGCCAGAACCCGACAGUGGGCGAAUUCGAGGUGAGUGCAGCGAUCCGAAGAUAUCAGCAGCUGAUCACGGAACUACCACCGCUGAAUCGCCAAUUGCUGCUGUACAUCCUCGAUCUCCUGGCCGUGUUCGCCUCGAAAUCCGAUCUGAAUAAGAUGACGACGCCGAACCUCUCCGCCAUUUUCCAGCCCGGCAUCUUGUCUCAUCCGGCGCACGACAUGUCCCCGUCCGAAUACCGUCUCAGCCAGGAUAUCCUGAUCUUUCUGAUCGAGAAGCAGGAUCACUUCCUGAUCGGCAUGCAAGGGACGGCGGCGGACGAGAAGACCGUGCAGGAAGUCGAAAGCGGUCCGCCGACCCCAUCGGUGAAGGGAUCGACUCCUCGACAUUCCAAAGGGGGGCUUAUCGCCAGAUCGGCGUCGAACUCGAGCGCCGGCGCAGAUAGCGUCCGCAAGUUCGGCGGUGCCCGGAGGAACGUCUCAGUAUCAUCACGACAUUCCCGAAAUUCCAUAGUUGUUGCAAGUCCCGUCUCCCCGAAUUUCGGGACGUCAACGCCAACCGGCGGCGUUCAUCGAGCAAACACGGUCCCGACCAAAAAGUCGCCAGGAUUGCCAUCCACCGCGUUCGGCAGAGACGCAGCCUCCCCCUCCCCGAACACGGUUGCGAAAACGCAGGCGACUCUCUCACCUCCGCAAGAGCACCUCUCCCCAAUGCAUCCGGCACCAUCUGGCAUCACGCCUACCUUCACUGAGGAUACCGACACCCUCCCUGCUCCUGCUCUGCAGACUCAACAUGCAGUAACCCCAGUUCCUAUCUCACCGGAGACACCCAGCAAAGACACCCAUCUCCAUCCCCCCUUUUCCGGCUCACCCUCCCACCCCGGCGAACCGUCCUCCCGCAACCACCCUGCCAAAUCCCUCACUGCCAUGUUCAAACCCUCCUCCUCCGACCCCGCCAAAGAACCUGCCCGCCGCCCCAACAAGCUGCAAAAGCGCCGCGUCGCCGGCAGCCCCAGCCGCAGCACCAACAGCUCCACGCAAUCCCUCACCAGCCCCAACGCAGUCGCCGUCGCUAGCACCGUCGCCAGUUCCGACGCCGAUCCGCAGUCCCCCCUCCCUCCCGUCCAGGUCCUCGACCGUGACUCGUUACAUCCCAGCAUGUUGGACGUCACCCCGGCGAAAAGCGCGCCGAAGCACGGCGCCAACCUGACCAUCUCGCCGACCACCUCGUUUCGCUCGCACUCGACGGUGACGGACCAUGAUGAGCACGAAGGCGCGCAGGAGGAGCCGACGACGCCGGGGGUGGCAGGGGAGGAGGAGAGGCGGAGACGGCGGUGGCGGCCGUUUAAGUCGGAUAAGGAGAGGGAGGAGGAGAGGUUACACCCGUCGUCUCCGCCGAGGGCCGGUGGGAUGCAACAGUAUCCACAGCAGCAACCGCAGCAGCCGCUCCAGUCGCAUCCGCAGCCGCUCCAGCAGCAUCCCCAGCAGCCCCAGCAACAGCCGCUCAGUCCUUCCCCGUACGGCGUGAACCCAGCCGCCGGCUGGAGCGGGACCAGCGUGCAUAGCAACUCCGCCCCCGCGCAUCCCUCCCCGCUCACCCAACCGCCCGCGACCGUGCCGCGACCUGAUCCGCCGGUCGCAGCGCAGCCUGCACCAGCGCCGAAUGUCGCGGGGGAUGCGUCGUCUACUGCGUUGAUCAGUCUGGUACCGGGGCCAGACACAUUGCUACCAGCACCAGAAUCAGAAUCAGCGGUAGGGUCAGCACCAGCUCCUGCUGUUGAUGUUGCUGCGCCCUUCCAACCCCCCACCACCGCCCCACCCACCGACCUCAACCCCCCUCCUAACACCUUAUCCGACCACCCACCCCCCGACCCGCGCCCAACCGACCCCAAAGAUGAAAGCUCCCGGGACGGCGAAAAGGGCGACAAGCGCGGUCCUCUCGGCUGGAUGCGAGGCAAGCUCGCAGAGCACAAGGAGCGGCAGGCGGAUCGGGCGCGGGCGAAGUCGCCGGAGGGGCAGCGGGGGGAGAGCAUCGCGAGCGGGAGUGGGAGUGGGAGUGGGGAAGCGGAGGGGAUGGGGGUGGGGGGGAGUAUGCAGAGUUUGGGAGGAGUGGUGGAGGAGGGGGGGAGGAGUGGGAGUGUAGGGAGGGGGGAAGGUGUGAAGGGGUUGUGA